UUUGUAGGAGACAAAGGGGGGCAGAGGACACAUUGGCUAAAUCAGUGGGGCUCGGAAUGAAAGUCGACGUCCCGGCUCUCGCAGUUCCAAGAAGCCGGCCAAUCUUGUGAGGGGCCACUUGCGCAGAAACUGGCCGGGCAUCGCUUCCUCUUUCUGCUUCUCGGUUUCCUAACAACGACGUCAGCAUAAAUAGGAAGCGUGACCGGCUCACGGCCGCCUGGAGCCUCCAGCAGAAGGUUGGCGUGUGUCCCCCCACAAAGAGCAGGUGGACAUUAAUAUAUAGAUGCUCUUGCAAAACAAGAUGAGACCCUUAGCAAACUUUCACUUCUCCACUGUCCACCUCAACCUCACAGCCAACUCUGGCAAGGUCACCUGUAGAGGGAAUGCCUACAUAAGAAAGAUGUCCUCCCCAGCGUGAGGGAAUGACUCAGCACAGGAAACCAGGAUGUCUGUCUUCUGAGCUCUAACUUCUGAGCCCCCAAUCCUGGUUUCUGUUCACACAGCUCCAGUCCACUCUGCCUUCCCUCUGCCAGAGCACAAGGCCCAGAGAAGGCAGAGCCUGCAGGGAAGAAUCACAGGAGCACGCGGAUGACAUGGGUCUGGCCUGGCCCCCAACUGGGGAGGGACACAGGGUUCCAGGCCAGUGAGGACCCGCCCUGGCCCAGACCUGCGCCCACCCUGCUGGCCCUGCUUGCCCAGAGCUGACCAGGAGAUGGCGAUGACCCACUGGCUGCUCCCCGUGGCCCUGCUGGCUCUGAGCCAGGAGCCCAGCAUGGCAGAGGUCCCAGGGACCGUCCCGCUGCAGACCCUGCGCUGCCAUAACGACUACACCAGCCGCAUCACCUGCAGGUGGGCGGACACCCAGGACGCCCAGCGGCUCCUCAACCUGACCCUCUACCGCAGGCUGAACGAGUCCCCCCCAGAGCCAGUGUCCUGUGAUCUCAGUGACGACAUGCCCUGGUCAGACUGCCCGGCUCCCCGCUGUGUGCCCAGAAAAUGUGUCAUUCCCUGCAAGCAGUUCGUCAUAGCCGACAAGGACAGCUUCUCAUUCCAACCCGACAGGCCUCUGGGCACCCAGCUCACUGUUACCCUGGCCCAGCAUGUGCAGCCCCCCGCGCCCAGGGACCUCCGUGUCAGUGCUGAUGGGGACCGGUUCCUGCUGACCUGGAGUGUGGCCCCCGGGGGCUCCCAGAGCCCGUGGCUGUCCCACCUGGAGUUCGAGGUGGUCUACAAGCGGCUUCAGGACUCCUGGGAGGAUGCCUCCAGCCUCCACUCUACCGCCCCGCAGGCCCACCUGGGGCCCGGGCACCUCAUUCCCAGCAGCACCUACGAGGCCCGCGUGCGCACCCGGCUGGGCUCUGGCUCGAGAUUCUCGGGCCGGCCCAGCCACUGGAGCCCAGAGGUUCGCUGGGACUCCCAGCCAGGGGACAAGGCCCAGCCCCAGAACCUCCAGUGCGUCUUCGAUGGGGGCUCCGUGCUCAGCUGCUCCUGGGAAGUGAGGUCCGAGGUGACCCGCUCUGUCUCCUUCACCCUCUUCUACAAGCCCAGCCCCAACGAGGGGGAGCAGGAGUGUUCCCCGGUGCUGAAGAGGGCCAGUGGCCCCUAUGUCCACCACCAGUGCCAGGUGCCCGUGGCCGACCCCUGGAACCACAGCCAGUACAUCGUCUCUGUUCGGCCAAAGCAGGAAGAGAAGUUUAUAAAGAGCUCGGAAAACAUCCAGAUGGUACCCCCGACACUCAACGUGACCAAGGGCAGAGACGGCUACAUUCUGCGCUGGGAAGUGAAGAUGUUCUAUGAUCACAUAGAGUACACCUUCGAGGUCCAGUACAAGAAAGACACAGCCUCCUGGGAGGAGAGCAAGACAGAGCCCCUCCAGAACACGCGUGUCCUGUCGCUGCCGCCUCUGGAGUCCUCCACCAGGUACCAGGCGAGAGUGAGGGUCAAGCCCUACAAAGGCUACAGCGGGAUCUGGAGCGAGUGGAGCGAGGAGAGCUCCUGGGACACUGAGUGGGAGCUGCCCACGUGGGGCCUGGCCCUCGUCCUAGUCUGCACCACCCUGGCCGUACUCCUGGCCCUGCGUCUCUGUGGCACGUACGGGUACAGGUUGACCCACAAGUGGGAGGAGAAAAUCCCCAACCCCAGUAAGAGCCAGCUGUUCCAGGACAUGAGUGCGGGGCGCUGGCCCCCAGGCGGCAUGUCGGCCCUCACCAGCAGGAGCCCCGCACACAAGGGGCCAUGGGGCAGCCGCUUCCCUGGGCUGGAGGGGCUGUUCCCUGAAGACCGCACACACAGCGAGGUGUCACCUCUCAGCGUGGAGGAUCCUAAAAACGCCCACGACUCACCAUCUGAGCCUGACACGACUCCGGCUGCCUCGGACCUGCCCACGGGGCUGCCCCCAGGCCCCGCGCCCUGCCUGUCAGCCCCCGCUGGCAGCCCUGAGAGCCAGGGAUCCGGCUUCCACUUCAACGGCCCCUACCUGGGACCGCCCCACAGCCGCUCCGUACCGGACCUCCUGGGCCAGGACGAGGCCCCACAGAUGGGUGGGAGCCAGAAGCCUCAGCCCCCAGGGUCCCUGGAGUACCUGUGCCUGCCCCAAGGGGAGCAGGUGCAGCUGGUCCCGCUGGCCCAGGUGAUGGCACAGGGCCAGGCCGGGGGUGUGGAGAGGAGACCCUGCGGGGGGGCGGAGGGGAGCCCCUCCGUGGAGACUGGGGCGGGCCCUGUCCCUCACGCUCCUGGGCUGCUGGUGGGUGGUCAGGGCCUGAAGGACAGCCCCACAGCGGUGUCUCCUGUGUCCGGGGGCCCUGCGAACAGCAUCGCGGCCUCUGGUUAUGUCACCACCACAGACCUGGCACUCGCCUUACCCACAGAGGCUCCAUCUGCCUCCCGGGUCCCUCCUCCAGGCCUCCCCUCAGAGCAGAACCACAGCCUCAGUCCCAGACUGGCACGUGGGCCCCUGGAAGGCCCUGCCCCCAUGAAACCAGGGAUUGACAGCUAUGUGGAGCUCCCUUCCACCAUGGGCCAGUCCCCUAAGUCCCCUCUGGGCAGCCCUGCCCCUCCUGCAGCCAGCGGCCACGUCCUGAGCCCGAGGGAGCCCCGGGUCGAUGUGGCCCCAGUCUCCCCGCACCCCGAGGGGCUCCUGGUCCUGCAGCAGGUGGGAGACUAUUGCUUCCUCCCCGGCGUGGGGUCUGGCCCCUUGUCCCCCCAGAGUAAGUCCUCUUCUCCUGGACCCUGUCCUGAGAUCAGGGACCUGGACGAGGGCUUCCCGGCCAAGAAGCCUUCCUGUGCGGCCAUUCCCCAGGUGCCGGCCAUUCAGCUCUUCAAGGCCCUGAAGCAGCAGGACUACCUGUCGCUGCCCCCCUGGGAGGUCAGCAGGCCUGGGGAGGUGUGCUGAGACCCUGCGGGCCUGGGGGGUCACGUGGGAGGAGAGGGUCUGCCUUCCUUCCUGGCCUGCCUUUCUCCCGCCAGCCUCUGUGUUUUCCACACUCAUUUCUGCAAAGCCAAGGAGAGGGGGCCAGGAAAACGGGAGAACUGCCUAUCUUCUCCCUUGACCUUGAGCAAGGUCAAGCCUCUCUGUCUCUCUUCCUCCUCCCUCCCCGCCCCACUCCGCCCCCGCCCCCGCCCCCCUUCUCACAGACACACACACACGCACACACAUACUUUUCCUUCAAGUUCACAGACUUUUAGGUUCAGAAUUGUUAGAACGUUCCACACGUUCUCGUUCCAUUUGCCUCGUUUUCUCUGUUACAAGGUUUCCCUGCUUGGGCUCGUUCCUUCUUUCUCUUUUCCCUGAUUUAUUAUUAGAGCGAGUUCGAGGUCCCAGCGCGGCCUGUCCUGAGAUGCCAUGUCUUGGUCAGAGCCUAUGCUGAUGCCGCCGUGUCUGGCUGUGUUGGGGGACCUGUGCCUGUAGCCUGUUCCAGGGAGUCAGGAGCUCCAGGUUCCAGCCGGGUGCAGGCGGCGGGAGGCGGGGCUCAGGGCGGGGGCCCUGGGGGUUGAGGACUUGGAGGAGCAGCGCAGGACUGGGCCUGCCUCCAUCAGGCCCACGGCCCCAGAUGUGGUGACAAAGCACCAGUCUCGACGGUCACCCCAAGAAAUGGGCGUGGUGAGGGGUGUGCAAGGGAAGAGCUGUUCUGAGCUCGUGGAAGCCUGGUGGGGUCACAAAGGUGACUGGGAGGUGUCGGGGCGCAGGGCCUGCACCGGGGACAGGCCGCUGCCCUGAGGGUGUGAGGUGCAGGUUCCUGGCGAUCUUCCUGCACCCAGAGGGCGGUCCGGAACCCACGUCUACUGCGGGAAGUGGGAGAGAAGGCUCAACAAAGGAAAUGAUUGAAGGGCACGUGUGCUCUAGGGCAGUGACGGCGAACCUUUUGAGCCCGGCGUGUCAGCAUUUUGGAAAACCCUAACUUACCUCUGGUGCCGUGUCACAUAGAGAAAUUUUUUGAUAUUUGCAACCAUAGUAAAACAAAGACUUCUAUUUUUGAUAUUUAUUUUAUAUAUUUAAAUGCCACUUAACAAAGAAAAAUCAACCAAAAAAGUGAGUUCGCGUGUCACCUCUGACACGCGUGUCAUAGGUUCGCCAUCACUGCUCUAGGGCUUACAGACCAAAUCGCCCGGCUGCCUCUUCUCCGGGAAAACCUUCGACUCCAACGGCACCCGCCAAGUCUGAGGGCUUUGGGCCUCUGUCGGGGCCUACGAGGGGAUGGUGGUUCUUUUAAAUCUUUGCUUCCUGCUCUGCAAAAAUAAUAGCAUUAAAUUGUUUUAAUUUGCAUUAUCUCCUAACUUUCAAGUUUGCACGUAUUUUUAUAUUCUGAGUCUCAGUAUUUGUUUGUUUGUUUGUGUUUUUUACUGGAAUAAGGCCAUUAAGGACUUGGUUCUGUCAGGUGCUCACCGUUUUCUGACGAAGUUUUUGAAUCUAUUUAUGUGGUCUUUCACGCAUGGUGCCAGUUCCCCCCCUCGUUUGUGGUUUGUCUUUUAAUUGUGUAGACGGGGCUGUGGGUGUCCACAGAGCGGUUUCUCGGGGAACGCCACCGUGGCUCCGGUGUUGGUGUGAAGUUUACGAAGGCCUUCCCACUUCGAAAGUGCUGUUGUCCUGAUGGGUUGAUUGGUUUCUCGUUCUUUUUGUGUUUCAAGCUUCUCAUGUAAAACUGUAAUGAUUGGGGGACGUAGGCGGGUGAGGUGGAGGCCAGCCAGAGGCUGCCCGCCGGGAGAUUUUCAUUAUUCGGUGAGUCACCUGUUCUCUGUCCACACGUCCGAAAGGCCGCUCUUCCCAUACCGAACGGGCCCGCACGCACUUAGUUUCUAGGCUUUCCACUUCUCACAUUGUUCUCUCCACGGCCCCCUGCCAUUGGGUGGGUCUUGCUAGCUUUGUAAUAUGUUUCAGUACAUUUCAGAACGAAUAUUCUUGGCGUUUUUGUUCACUCAUCCUUAUUCAUUGCAGCAAUGUCUGUGGCCAAAGAAAAUUAUAAACAACGGAAGUAUUCAGCAAGAGUGAAAUGAAUAACAACAAUUUUUGUGCAUUCUAAAGUACAAGCCUGUGUUUAAAAUGAAUGAGGUGGACCUAUGUGUAUUAGAAAGAAGUCCAAGCUAUUCAUUCCAAAAUGUUCAGACACUGUUAACUGAAAGAAACUGCAAUAAAGUCUUUCUUCUUAUAAAACCAAACCCUAA